AUGCGGAGUUCUUCUACUUGCAAUCUAACUACUUUUCCGACUAGUAGUGGUGUUUCGGCUCUUGAGUAUAGAGAUGUUUUGCGAUAUGCCCUUUGGGACGGCCAAAUUGGCGAGUAUCCAAUUAGUUCAGCUGAUAGCCCUAGUAUUAGCGCCCCUGCCUUGAGUAUUUGCACUAUCUCGACUGACGAGGUUUAUAUUGGAACAGUGGCGGGAGAAGUCUGGCGCGUGACUGGCAGUGAGAAGAAGAUAGUUGUGCAAAAUCAGGAAGUUAGAACGUAUGGUGGGUGUAAAGUCUCUUCAGUGGUAAGUAUGCACCGGUUUAAAGACCAGCUGGUUAUUGUUUUCUUAGUGGGUAAGGUCUGUCUCUACCAUUUGGAGCGGCACCAAGUCACUAGUGAGUACUGGGUCGAUGGGACUAUUACUCUUUCAGCGAUAAAAGGUGAUUUAGUGGCUUAUGUAGUGAACAACACCAACCUAGAGACAUACAAUCUGCAAACAGGCCAGAUUGAGAAGCGAGUCUGUUUAGCAGCGAUGAUAACUCGGAUUUGUUUCUUGCAUGGCGAGGCGAAUGUUGUUGUUUGUGGAACUGCAGAUGGUAAAGUUACUUUGUGUUACUUGGAUACAGUAGAGGCAGAUUUUACCUUUAAGGCCCAUCGUAAGACUAAAGCGAAUGAAGAGAUCUUCUUUCCGGUAGUGAUGCUGGCUUCACUGACUGUAAAUGAGCUAAUUACGGGCGGUGCUGAUGGGAAGGUUUAUCUUUGGGACAUAAAACGCCGGCAUAAGAUCAGUACUUUGUAUUCAGCUAAGCGCACGAUUCUGGCUGGUGAAAUAUCGGUGGCUCGGGAAAAGAAGCCAUCAAUGUGUUUAGUGCUUGGUAGUGGAAUAGAAAGUCUUUAUGCGCCGGAACCGCAAGCUGGGAUUAAUAUUUGUAUUGUGCCUUUAGCCGGCCAGAUCUACCUUAACCUGUAG